AUGGAUUUAUAUAGAAGGGUUCUUUAUUUACUUGUAAUAUUUUUAUGCAACAAGAACCAUGUUUUAGGCAUAACAAGGUGCGUUGAGCAUGAAAGAAUUGCACUUUUGCAAUUCAAAACUGGGCUCAUUGAUGAUUACGCCCUUCUCAACUCAUGGAAGAAUAGCUCUAAUGUGCGCGAUUGCUGCCAAUGGAGACGCGUAGGCUGCAACAAUGCCACAGGCCGAGUCGUGUUACUAGAUCUUUCUGCCAUUAUUUCUGAAGAACUUGAACAAACACUUGGUUUUAGUGGUAAAAUCGACUCUUCGUUGCUUUCUUUAAGCUCAUUAACAUAUUUAGACCUCAGUGGAAACAGUUUCACCCGGAUCCCUGAUUUCAUUGGAUCCUUAAAAAACUUGCAGCACCUCAAGCUAUCUAACAUCGAAUUAACAUCACCCAAAUUCCCAUAUCAAUUGGGAAAUCUUUCAAAUUUGCAGACUCUUGAUCUUGCAUCCACAUCAGUUGUCAUCAAGAACACUGACUGGCUUGCUCACCUUUCAUCGCUCAAGUAUCUAAAUCUUAGUUAUAUAGAUCUCAGUGAGUCGGGCGGGUUACUUUAUACUGCGAUCAAAUUGCCUUCCCUUGUAGAGCUGCAACUUAUAAACUGCAUGCUUCCGAAUAACACAGCCAAAUCAUUUCUUGAUCCGAUGACCAACUUGUCCAAAUCUUUUGCUGUUCAUUCUAACAAUCUUCCUUCCUCUAUGAUAUACUCUUGGUUAUUCAACUUCAGUGGGAGUCUUACUGACAUCUACCUCUCUGACAACGCGUUACUUGAUACGAUUCCCGAAGCUUUUGGGACAAUUACAAACCUCAAAACCUUAGACUUGACCAACAAUGGCCUUGAAGGUGGUAUUCCUAGUUCGUUUAGGAACUUGAAUCAUUUGCAUUCACUUCAUCUAUCGGCAAACAAUCUGGCACAAGAUCUUCCCAGUCUUUUCAAUAAUCUCCCCGUUAGAUCGUUACAAGUUCUUGACUUAUACGCGAAUCAACUAAGUGGUCCUUUACCUGAUUUUACAACAUUUACAGCUUUGACAGAACUGUACCUUAAAUUAAAUCAGUUAAAUGGAUCUUUCCCAGAAAAAUUCAAGCAAAGUUCUAAUCUUUGGAUCCUCGAUUUGGCCGAUAACCAUAUUACCGGACCGCUCCCUGAUCUUUCUGUUUUCGUUUCAUUGCGUGAGUUAUAUUUCGAAAGAAACCUUUUGCAUGGAACUCUAAGUGAAAGAUUGGGAUCUCUUUCAAAGCUGGAGUCUUUGGGUGCAUCUUCUAACUUCUUUCAAGGUACAAUCUCGGAACAACAUGUUACCAAUCUUUCUCGUUUAGUAUACCUCGAUCUGUCAUAUAACUCGCUAGCUUUAGACCUCAGUCCUGACUGGUCUCCACCUUUUCAGCUCGAUGUCAUCUGGUUGUCAUCAUGUAAACUCGGGAGUUCUUUCCCGGAAUGGCUGAAAACUCAGACGAAUCUCUCUGUGCUUGAUAUCUCUGAUGCUGGAAUCAAUGAUACAGUUCCAAGUUGGUUUUGGGAAUCGCUGAAUCCAAGUCUUCGUUACUUAAAUAUGUCUUCAAGCCAGAUGCAUGGCAUGGUUCCAAAUUUGGUGUUUGGUAAACAACCUUUGAUAGAUAUGAGAUCGAAUGACUUCUCGGGCAGUUUACCUUUGUUUCCUCUGGAUACCAUUGCACUAAUUCUAAGCAAUAACAUGUUCACCGGGCCUAUUUCUUCCUUGUGUAACGUGACUACCUUAAACCGACUCGAUCUUUCCAACAAUAAACUGUCUGGAAUGCUUCCAAACUGCUUGAACAACCUUGAUAGUUUAUACAUUCUGAAUCUGGAAAAUAACAAAUUUACCGGGACAAUUCCUGCUUCAAUAGGAGCCCUUCAAUUGCUUCAUAUGAUGAGCAUGCGUGGCAAUAGCUUGACCGGAGAGAUACCGUUGUCCUUAAGAAACUGCAAGGAGUUGCAGCUGCUUGAUCUUGGAGAAAACCAACUGUCGGGUACUGUUAUGUCAUUUAUCUUUCACUUUGUUUGUUAG